AUGGAAAAUUUGAAAAGACAGUUCGAUUUCGCAGCCGAUCACGUGCAAAAUAACGUUUCUAGUGUAAAUCAAGAUGUAUUGAUUGAACUAUAUGGUUAUUACAAGCAGGCGACAUGUUUUGGGGAAUUCGCAGACGCGCCAAAACCAGGCUUUUUGGACUUCAAAGGGAAGAAAAAAUAUGCAUCUUGGGAGAAGGCGUCAGUUUGCAGUAAAGAGGAUGCGAUGGAGAGAUAUGUUGGUUUAGUAAAAGAAAACUUUGCUGAUUUCAAGCCAGAAUCGGUCCCAGCCGACUACACCAAGAAACCUUCGAAUAUCAUGGCCAAAAGAGUCUCUCGGAUGGCACCGGUGGAACAGCCAAGCUCAGAUAAGGAAGAUUUAUCUGAAAUCUUGGUGGCGGCGCGAGAUGGCGAGGUUUCGAGGAUAGAAGAGCUCUUACUGAAGGAACCGCUAAGUAUCGAAAGUGUCGAUGACGCGAAAAGAACCGCUCUUCAUUGGGCCGUAGAUCGCGAAAACACCGACGUCGUGGAAUAUUUACUAGGCAAAGCGGAGUAUAACGAAACGCUUGUGAAUGCGACAGAUGAAGACGGCUGCACGGCGUUACACUACGCCGCGACAAGUGAAAGUGAGCAAAUCCUGAGAAUCCUCGUCAAAUACGGUGCUGAUCCGACUAUUGAAGACAACUUUGGUGAAACGCCGAAGACAAUCGCGCCAGGGCUUUUUUAA